UCCUCCUCGCCGUCUGCCACCCACCAAACCACCACAGCGGAAGCGAACCACCCCGGCGCAGCAGCAGCGAUGGCCCUCGCCUUCACCUCCUCCGUCCCCUUCCCGGCCGCCGCUGCCCGCGGUCUGCUGCAGCAGCAGCAGCAGCAGGUCCACGUCGUCGGAGGCGGCCGCGUGCUCCUCCUCGGGUCAGCACCGUCGCCGGGCUCGGGCACGUUGGUCCUUGCUGUGUCUGUGCCGGCAGUCGGAGGUGCGAAGGCGCCGGCUCCCCUUCGCCGCGCCUGCGCCGCUGGAGACAAUGCUUCGCCGUCCGACAAGGAGAAGGCCUUUCUGGAGGCCAUGGAGGAAGCGCGCGGCAAGUUCCACGCCGUCAUCAGCGCCGGCGACAAGACCGUCCUGGAGCGAAGACGGAGCCUACCUCUUUGGCAAUCCCGCAAAAGAAAGUUAGGGCGAUGGCGCGAAGUAGUAGUAGUUUCUACGGAAGCAAAACCAUUUAUUGUGUAAACUUAUGAUCACAUUUUGUACUUCAUGGCGUGGCCGGGUGCAUAUAACUAUUGCCAAAUUUCCCUCCUCUC